AUGGAAGAGCCACAGUCACCGCCACAGGCGCAGCAGCCGCCAGAUGAGCCUGCACCACCACGUCCCGUGCCACGACCAAGGCGGCGAUCAUCGGCCUCAUUGCAACCACAGCAACAACACGUGGAACAGCAACCACGAGACGUGGAACAAACACAGCCAGAGCAGGCACAAAGCAUGCACCCACAAACACAGCAGCAACAAGAAGAAGACCAACCACACAUUCCACAGCAAGAGACACCGGUACACAGCCAUGCUGAGGAUGGCGGCCAAAACGACGCUGCUCACACCACCCAUGAUGCUGCUGACACAACCACUGAUGCUGCCGAUAUCGCCGAUGAUGCUGGUGUUGCGGAAGAUGGACCCCAGGCCAAGCUCAGGAUGCAGCGAAGCAACCCCAUGUUGACCAACGUAGUGCGACACAGCGUCACCAGCUCAUAUGGCGUGCACAGCACUCGCCCUCGCGUGCAAAAGGUGCGCAAGUCAUAUGCGGAGCGAAAGCUGGAACGCAUGGAGGAAGAAGCGCGGCAAGCACGGUUGGUGGAGGAGCAGCUGGAGCGUGAGCGAAUGGCCAAGGAACAGGCCGAGAAAGAGCAGGCACAGCAGGCAGAGAGGGAGAGGGAGGAACAGGAGAGAGAAGAGAGGGAGAGGGAGGAGUUGGAACGCCUGCGCGCGUUGAAGCCAACAGCACCGCCAGCACCCGUCCAUGUGGCCGAAGAAGGCACCAGCGGUGACAGCACCGACCAUAUCCAUGGCAGUGGCCACAGUGAUGGCGGCCAUGAUGACAGCAAUGAAGACGACAACUACAGCAGCAGCUCCAGUGACAACGACGACGAAGAUGAGGUGGAGGUGGAGUUGGAAGAAGGAGAAGAAGAAGGAGGAAGGGCAGGGGAGGGCGACGAUAGCGCCACCACCGACUCCUCCGUGCAGCCGCCAGCACACCACCCCGGUGACGUGUUUGGCGGCGGCGGUGACGAUGAGGACAUUCCCCCGCCCAGCCCCGCGUGCUCCAACCUGCUGGCACCAACAGACGAGCUGGCCAAGCGGUGUGCCGUGUUGCAUCGCGCCCUGGCGUCCCCUGCGCAGCCUCGGCGACAGUGCAGCAGCACCUCCGCCCUUGCGCAGGCGUCGUCAUCGUCAUCGACAUCCUCGCUCACGGUCGACACAGCAGCGCCACCCGCCACCUCUGCGUCUGCACCGGCCACGCGCCUCACAUCCUCCUCCGAGUCAACGGCAUCGCUCCAGCAGCAGGGCGAAGCACCCGCUGAUGCGCACGACACAGCAUCAUCACCAUCACAAGACACAGCACCGCCAUCAUCAUUGCCACAAGACACAUCAUUUUCAUCGUCACAUGCAUCGCCAACAUCGACGGCAGCGGCGGCCGUUGCGCGCAUGCGUUCCUCCACAUCGUCGUCGUCGUCAGCAGUUGCAGCACGCGAGGCGCGACGCGCAAGCAGGGCACAGCAGCAGGGCGACCAGUUGCAGGGCGUCCCGGAGGACAGCGCUGUGCAGCAGCAGCAGCCAUUGCCUGCAGGCAUGCAAGCGCGGCCCAUGUCUGUGCUGGACAUGAACCUUGAUCUCUCCCCGGAGGAGCUGACCUUGAUUGGAAAGGAGUGCCUGUCCCUGCAAACGACGGUUGGCGAGGUGAAGGUUGCCAUUUUGGAGCACAAGCCCAUCCCGCACAACUUGAUUGCGUCAGACGUGAAACACCUGGAGCAGCGUGUGCAGCUGCUGGGUGGAAACACCACGUCCUUCCUGCAAAAGCGGCGUGCCAGCAUCAGGGAAACGCCAGAGCAACGCAAGGCGCGGAUACAGCACGAGCAGAUUAUGAUGGCGCUUGAGCGAAUGCGCAUCGCACAGGAGAUGCAUGAGGAAAACGUCCGCCUCGCCGCGCAGAUGAGGGAACAAGAGCGUGAGCUUGGCAAGAAGAAGAAGCGCAAGAACAAGCCGAAGAAGGUGAAGAAGAAAGAGCUGAAGCGUCUGCUGGCGAUUGUGACAGACAGCACCCCAGUUUAUGCUGUUGGAACCACAUACAAGUCGCUUCGCUCGCGUGACAAGAAGUUCCUCUCCUUUGACAUGAACGAGAAGAUUGACAUUCUCAGCAUUGAUGGCACGCCGUCUGGCCUCUGGGUCUCGCGGAACAAGGACGGACAGGUCGGCUUCGUGUACACGGACCAUUUUCGCAUCGAGGCGUCAUACGUGAACGAGCGCAUGCGUUCCAGCAGCACGACGUCCAUCACCAACGCCAACGCCGCCAUCACUGCCACUACCAGUGCGCACGAAGGGGACGGCGGCAGUGGCGUUGGUGGCGCUGGGAGCGACACUGUGGCUGCUGACGGUGUUGACACGCCCACAACUGCACCAGAGGCGUGA